AUGGUAGAAAACUUUGUUGAUGUUCCAGAUGACUACUGCUGCCCUAUAACAGGAGACUUGAUGGAAGAUCCGGUGGUAGCGCCAGAUGGCCACAGCUAUGAACGAGCAUCAAUUACUGCUUGGUUUCAAAAAAAUAAAACCAGUCCUCUUACAGGUGCAGCAUUAAAAAACACAGUCCUAAUUGACAAUCAUCGGCUUAAAGCAAUAAUUAGCAGUUUUAAAGAAAAAAUGCCUGAAAUUCAGCGAGAAUGCCAAAUUAAGCGAGAUUUAAUAGAAGCGAUUAAUAUUAGAGAAGCGUUCUUUGAAGACAGCUUAAAAAAGGGAAAUGAGCAGAUAGGAAAUAUUACAAGUCUGUAUAACAAUGAAAAAGAAAAAAAUCUGAUGCUUGAAAAUAAGCUAAUUUCUUACAAAAAAUCAAUCGAGAUAAAAAUCAAUCAUAUAGAGUGGCUUAAAACAAGUUUAUGUAAAAAAAGCUUUUAGGGCUAAAGCGGACAUAAAUUAAUAAAGCUAGAAGUUUUAGAAAGGCACGCAUAAAUUUUCUAUAAUAAUUAACUUAAGCUUAAAACAAAUUUAGACCAUUUUCAGAGUUUAAGCUUUGAAAAGGACAACGAAAUUAAAAGACUUAACAUGGAGCUAGCAACAUCUUUGCAUGAGAAUAGCGAACUUAAAAGAUUCAUUAAAGCUAAUAAUGGAAAUUUUGUAAAUAAACUUUUGAGAAUCCAGCAAUGCCUUAAGCAGUAUGAAAAAGAUAUAACUUCAAAUAAAUUAAAUGCUAAUAAUCAAUUAGCAGGGAUAAGAGCUUCUAUUUCAGAUCUCAUUUCAGAGAAUUCUAAAUUUGAGUUUGAAGACCUUAAAAAACCUAAUCUCCUAAUAGAAAACCAGCAAAAUCCUCCUCAAGAUGCCAAAAAUUCAGACGAAAAUCUUCAGCUGCUUCUCGAAAACAAAAUUUUUAAUAUUUGAAAUAUAAUUCCUCCCUUAAUUUUUCCUAUAAUCAAUCUUUAAAAAAUGGAUAAGAAAAUCUAGGUAAAAUAGCAUAUCCCCAAAUAACUCAAAAAUAGAGGAAGAUUUUAGAGAGCCUGUAACUAAAUAUGCCUAUACUACUAAUCCAGCAGUAAGCUUGGCUUUUCAAAGAUAUAUUGAUGCUUAUCAUCAGAAAACAUCUCUCUAUCUUAUUGACAGAGAUAAAUAUGACAGAAAUAGAUUGAUUGUUUACGAUACUGAAAAUGAAAGAGAAAAAGCUCAAAAUUUUGAGGCUCCAGAGAUUUUGACUGAUGGAACAUGUAUAGCUCAGCUCCCAGAUGGGGAAUUAUUUUGUUUUGGGAAUAAUCCAGCGUCUGGCAUUUCAUUGGUGAUUGAUGGAAAUAAUAGAGUUAGAAUUCUACCUUCUGGGAUACCCUGCAAAGGGUCAUCAGCUAUUUAUUUCAACAGAAAUAUUUACUGCUUUGGAGGAUCAAAUACAAUUCUUCUAACCCUUUCAGAUAAAUUUAGUUUACUCCUCAGUAAUUAGCAAAUUCUUGAUUUGUGGAAUUUUGUUGAGCAAAAUUUACUAUUUGGCAACUUUGUUCAAAACUCUCCACAAGAAUAUGCUUAUUGCUGGGGAGAUUUAGAUGAAAAUCAAUGAAUUUAUUUAAAUCCUCUUCCAAUAGCAGACUGCAAGUGCCAUUGUGCUGUAUUUAAUGGAAAUAUUUUGAUAUCAGGGUGCUGAAAUCCCAAUAUUUUGCGCUAUUCCAUUGAAAAUGACGACUUCUCAAGAAUUCCUUUUGAUUUUGCAGAGUAUAAAAGAAAAAUUUUGAUAAAUACAGAAAGGCUGUAUUUGAUUGAAUGCGAUAAUGGAUCAGUUUAUGAAAGCGAAAUAGGUAAUGAGAAUGUGUGGAAAAAGGUAGGAAAAUCGAUUAUUAGCGAUCAAUACCCUUCUCAAGUUUAUUGGUCAUACAAUAAAGGUGCAAUUUAUAUUGCGACUAGCUUGAAAAAUGAACGCUACUACAAGUUUAAUUUGCAGGAAAAGUUAAUGAUUAAAUUCCUCUAA